UGGCCUCCACUCUGUUUAGGUAGCCCCAUGAAAGAGAUGCAACUUUUACCAGAGGUUCCGGGCGUAAUAAUGGACCGUUGUGUAACAGUCUGCUAAGUAGCCUAAGCAAUCAAUAGGACAAGCUGGAUUGUUUGUGUGCGAUGUUAACUUCAUUAUCGAACUGCACUUGUGUGUGUAGAAAAAAAAAGUACGCUGGUGCAAUAGAACGGCCCCCAAAAAAUGACCACUCUUCACCUGGGUUGUUCUAUUGUGGGAUGUGCAUGGAACCGAGUGAAGUGUGCUGAGUGUUCACUCACAUGUACACGUAUUCCCAACUUCUUGUUUGAAGUUUCUUGCCACCGCAGUGUUGAGCUAGUGGUCCGGAAAUUCAGAGUGUGCAAUGUCUGGACAAGAUUUUCCGAUGGAGGUUGCACUGUGCUAGGAAGCCAGCGCUCGGUGCAGGACUGCAGUGUGAUAAGUUCAGAAGGAUAGAGAGAGAGAGACAGUUUGUAGGUUGAACAGGGGCACCAAGAUAAUGAAAAUCUACAAAGACUGUACUGUUUAUUAUAUGUAUGGCAGAAAUCAUGAAGUUAGAUUUAAUCACCAACAACGAUGGCUUCUCUGCCUUGGAAGACAGAAAGGGGAUGGAAGCCAUUCCUGGCAAUGUCAGCCUGAUCAAAGACAAGCAGAACUUGAUUGGUAUAAGCAUAGGAGGCGGGGCACCACUCUGCCCCUGUCUGUACAUAGUGCAGGUGUUUGAUAAUACUCCGGCAUCAAGGGACGGGACUUUGGCAUCAGGCGAUGAGAUCGUUGGGGUCAGUGGGAAGUCAGUGAAAGGAAGGACAAAAGUAGAGGUGGCUCGCAUGAUACAGUCCAUCAAGUCAGAGGUAAUCAUCAACUACAACAAGUUGCAUGCUGACCCGAAGCAGGGCAAGUCACUCGACAUCGUCUUGAAGAAGGUCAAGCACCGCAUGGUGGAGAACAUGAGCUCCUCCACAGCCGAUGCCUUGGGUCUCAGCCGAGCUAUCCUCUGCAAUGACGUGUUAAUUAAGAAACUAGAUGAGCUUCAAGCCACUGCCAUAAUGUAUAAGGGUUUGAUGGAGCACGCAAAGAAGAUGCUGAAGGCAUUCUAUGAUCUCUCCUUAUCGCACAGAGCCUUUGGGGAGGCCUUUGGUGUCAUUGGGGCCAGGGAGCCCCAACCAAAGGCUAGCGAGGCCUUCACUGUGUUUGCAGAUGCUCACAGGAACAUGGAGAAGUUUGGUAUCCGUCUGCUCAGGACAGUUAAGCCUAUGCUGACUGAUUUGGGGACUUUUCUCACCAAAGCCAUUCCAGACACACGACUCACCAUCAAGAAAUACGCAGACGCCAAGUUCGAGUAUUUGUCCUAUUGCUUGAAAGUGAAAGAGAUGGAUGAUGAAGAAUAUGCUUACGCCACCCUUGGGGAGCCACUCUACAGAGUUGAAACGGGCAAUUACGAGUACAGGUUAAUUUUAAGGUGUCGUCAGUUGGCCCGAGCCAAGUUUGCUAAGCUGAGGUCUGACGUCAUGGUCAAGCUGGAGCUGCUAGACCAAAAACAUGUUCAAGACAUAGUCUUCCAGCUCCAGAGACUGGUCUCUGCCAUGGCCAACUACCUCCAAGACUGCCACCAGCAGAUGAAGGACGCCGAGAUCUUCCCCAUUGAGGUGGACCUGUUACGCACCACCAUCAACUACGACACCAGCAACCAAUUCAAUGACGAAGAUGAGGACGAGGAGGAGACGGGCGAAGGGGAGGAUGCGGUCAUCGAGGCCGAGGAGGAACUCAUCUCGCCAGCCAGCUAAAUGGAUCUCGCGGAGGAAGGAUCCUUAUGCCGGGCAAUCUUGAGUAGUGCCAUUAUGACAGCAGAAUGAUGAUGUCCCGAGAUUAUGUGUCAGAAUAGACUGAUGUGAAUAGUUUGAUCAGAAAAGACUGGAUAGACUGAUCCGUUAAACCCCGCCCCAUGGAAUUUUGACCAAUCACGGCCUUGAUUUAUGUCCGACAUGCCUGCUCGUGCAUGUGAUGAACGCAGGUGGAAUAUGCAUUGGGGCAUGGUGAAGCAGCAUGUCAGUUGCUCAGUGGCAUAGUGGGCGGGGCCUACAGGAUCCGUCUAAUGUUGUUGCGGCCAUCACAAGUCAACCACAAAUUGCAUGUCACAAGUCACAAGGAAUAUUGGAUGGAAGAUUGACUGGUUUGCCGUUCACUGGAGCAGUGUCUUGAUAUCUUUUGGAUGAUUGUGAUUGACUUGUGUAGGCCGACACCUCUUAGGCAAGCACCACCUCUUCUCUCUCUCUCUCUGGCACUCCGUGGCUCCACAGUAAGAAAUGUUACAGUCUAGUUAGAGGAAAUGGUUAGCAAUCUUUGCAGGGUGAAGGUAUCCCACAAGUGCCAGGUGCUUAGUCUACCUUUUGUUUUUGACAUAAAUUUAAGGACAAGUAAUGUUUUAACACUACAUAUCUCUUACAGUUGCAAAGUGACGUUUAUGCUAGCCUCUCUUGUAACAACUCCAAAAUCAUAACUUUGAGCAUGGGAUUGGAUUUACUGACAAAUCUUCCACAGGUUGUCAGCUUGUGAAAUUUACACAGGUGCUUUUUGAGUGGAGAUUUCAUACAUCACACCAAACACGAUAUCCCUUUGAACUGGCAUAACAAAAAGAAACAGUAAUCAGGUUUAUUUGAAAGAUUGAGAGUAGUUUCAGCAGGCAACAUAGGUCAUGGCCCAAAUUCUUACCCAUGGCUUGAAAUGACAUGCAAGUCUAUGGUAGUGGCCCUCAAAUAUCUUCAUCAACAGGCAACAUAGGUCAUGGCCCAAAUUCUUACCCAUGGCUUGAAAUGACAUGCAAGUCUAUGGUAGUGGCCCUCAAAUAUCUCCAACAGGCAACAUAGGUCAUGGCCCAAAUUCUUACCCAUGGCUUGAAAUGACAUGCAAGUCUAUGGUAGUGGCCCUCAAAUAUCUCCAACAGGCAACAUAGGUCAUGGCCCAAAUUCUUACCCAUGGCUUGAAAUGACAUGCAAGUCUAUGGUAGUCGCCUCAAAUAUCUUCAAAGUGUGUAGGUCCAUUUCUAUUGGAGUUUGUAGCUUCAAGAGCACUGCUGUAAUCUUUCGCAUCUGCUCAGCCCAGCAGAAGAAAUUGCUGUAGGUAAAUCUUGUGCUACACACUGGUAUUCUCUGCACAGACUUCGGUGCGUAGAUUUUUGUAUUCCAUGAAUGAAGUUUACAGGAGAACUAAGCCUCACAGGUCCUUUAAAUUUCUUUUCACUUGGGUAAUGUGGGUUUAACAUGUUAAACCCUACUGUGAGAUCAAAGUUUGGAACACUGCUUUUUUGUGGACAGUGGGAGUGCAUUGUAGAUGCAUUAAAUAAAAAGGACGGCCUGUCGGGCUCUGUCCAUGUGUCGCUCAUUACAAUUACUGUGGACAGUCCCCUUUUUGUAAAUAAGAUAACUAUUUAUUAAUAUUAAGCUGUCACGUCAAGAUUUGUCGACACCCCCCCCCAAAAAAAAUUCCUAAUAACGAGAGAAAGGGUAUUUCUGCACCUUGAUCUAUGUCGGCAAAAGUGAAAUGAAUUCACUUUUGGCAUUCAUUGAAUGGUAAUUUUGUAGCAUGAAGCGAGUACUUUAGAAUGGUUGGCUUUGUAUUGUGAAAUGGGAAAUUGGUAAAAAUAUCAAAUGUACAUUAGUCUGCCUUCGUACUUUUUUCAGAACUGUACUGCUCAUACAUAUGACACCUUUUCACAUAACUGGACCGUGAAAUUUUGGGUGAAAAUAGAAACGUGAAUAGAAUUCCAUUUAUGUUUAGUGUUGUAUUCCUGCGUUUACAUUCCUGAUAGAAUUGUUCUGGUUCGUGUUGUACAAUGUAUAUGGCAAAUUUAUUUAUUUCAAAAAUAAAAAUAUAUCCAGUACUUUGAAGAUCAAA